AAGAGACAAGGCGAUACGAAUGGUUUGUGGUGGUCAAGUUUCCUGGUUGGUUAGUCCUUUGUUGAAAGUAAAUAUAUGGAGAAGCUAUAGUUUUUGUAAUUCUUGGAAACAAUCGACCGGAACAAGAGCACUUUCAAAGACAGAUUUUUCGUUCAACUUGUUACGUGGAAGAAUAACCACUUUUUGGCAGCGUUGGAAACAAUUCAAUAAUAUACACUUAAAGAAAAGAUUGAUUUGUAGUGCUUCAUCAACUACUUCUCAGUCGUUGGAAAGAGUAGAAGGAACACGAGUCAAGAGGCGCCAAGACUACAAACCUCCCGAGUUUUUGGUAGACCAAGUAAAACUCAAGUUCAUUUUGGAUCCUUCUGACACAAGAGUUUUGACUAAACUUCACAUUCGUUUUAAUACGGAUGCAUAUGGUAACUGCGACCGUGCCCAUUUUCACCUCGACGGUGAUAGGGAAGUAAUCGAACUCGUUCCCAACUCUUUGAAAGUUGAUGGGAGGUUGCUGGAAGAAGGAGAGGAUUACGACCUUUCCAAGGCGCACUUGAUAGUCAAAAACAUAGACGGUUCUGGAAAAGGAGCAUUAGUGGAAUUUCAAGUGAGCCUUAAUCCUUCCAAGAACACUGCCUUGAUGGGUUUAUAUUUAUCAAAGAGCAAUUUCUUUACACAGUGUGAGGCAGAAGGUUUUCGUAGAAUCACAUUUUUUCCGGAUAGACCUGACGUAAUGUCGAUCUUUGAGGUCACUUUGGUUGCUUCUAAACAAGAUUAUCCUGUUCUUCUUAGCAAUGGAGACUGUGUGGAGUCGGGUAGCUGUUCUGAUGAAAAUUAUCAUUAUGCAGUUUACAAGGAUCCAUUUCGAAAGCCUUGUUAUUUGUUUGCACUUGUUGCAGGUAAACUGGUCUAUUUGGAAGAUUGGUUUGUGACUAUGUCAGGAAAAAGGGUGAAACUUUGUAUUUAUGUUCAACAAGGCAAUUUACCCAAAGCGACGUUUGCUAUGGACUGUUUAAAACAAGCGAUGAAAUGGGACGAAGAACAAUAUGGUCGAGAAUAUGACUUGAAUACUUUCAAUAUCGUUGCUGUGGAUGACUUUAGUAUGGGUGCUAUGGAAAACAAAAGUUUGAAUAUUUUCAAUUCUAAAUAUGUAUUAGCGAAUCCAGAAACUGCAACGGAUUCUGAUUUUGAAGCUAUUCAGGCAGUAGUUGCUCAUGAAUACUUUCAUAAUUGGACAGGCAAUCGGGUUACUCUUCGCGACUGGUUUCAGCUGUCAUUGAAAGAAGGAUUAACAGUCUUCCGAGAACAAGAAUUUAGUGCCGAUAUGACCAAUCGUACUGUAAAAAGAAUUUCAGAUGUGAUGAGGUUACGUACUACGCAAUUUCCUCAAGAUGCUGGUCCUAUGGCACACCCCGUUCGUCCUGAAAGCUAUAUAGAAAUUAACAACUUUUAUACAGUAACAAUAUACGAAAAGGGAGCAGAAGUAAUUCGAAUGUUACGCAAUCUUGUGGGCCCUGAAGGUUUCCGUAAGGGGUGUGACUUGUAUUUUGAUAGAUAUGAUGGAAUGGCAGUAACGUGUGACGAUUGGUUAGCUGCUCAUCAAGAUGCCAACCCACAUGUGGAUUUGACUCCAUUUCGUUUAUGGUAUUCUCAGGCAGGCACUCCUCAACUGUGUGCUUCUACAGAAUAUGAUGCUUCCCAAUCCACGUUGCACUUACAUCUUGAACAAUAUUUACCUCCUACAGAAGAACAACCUGUCAAGGAACCCAUGCUCAUUCCUAUAAAGAUGGGAAUUCUAGAUAGAGAUGGAAUUCCUGUUAUGGUUGACGUUGGAGAUGGAAGCGCCGUGGAAUCUAAAGUCCUUAAUAUGAAAGAAUCCAAGCAAACUUUCUCUUUUUAUCACGUGCCACCAGGAAGUAGACUUUCUAUGCUUCGAGGUUUUUCUGCUCCUGUAAGGUUCGCAUGGAAACAUGAUCAACCUUCAGAUGAUUUGACUUUUUUAAUGGCCAAAGACAAGGAUGAGUUUAACCGUUGGGAUGCUGCACAAACUGUGACACUUCGGUACAUUUUGGAUAUCGUGAGACGAAUGCCUCAAGGGUCCUUAAAUCCUGACUCUAUGGCAUCUCUAGAAAUGUCACCAUCCGAUGAUGUAUUUGAAGCUUUUCGAAUGACUCUUUUGGAUGAGGGUUUAGAACAUCGAUUCCGUUCAACAAUGUUUGUACUUCCAUCAGAAUUGUUCAUUGCACAAUGGAUGAAGCCUAUUCGUCCCGAUGAUAUUCAUUUGGCACGUCUUCAUUUGAAGCGUCAACUUGCGACACGUUUGAGCUCGAGCUUUUGGUCAGUUCUCCAAAGAUUGGAAAGAGAACUGGAAGGUGAAUACCGUUUAGAUGCGGAAUCCCGAGGAAAGCGUGCUUUAAAGAAUAUUUGUUUGGAGUACCUUUGUUGUUCUCAGGAUCCAACGGCCGUGAGCUUAGCUCUCAAACACUUCAGAAAAGCAAAUAAUAUGACCGAUGCUUUGGCUUGUUUGAAUAUUUUGUCGAUAUAUGGAAAGGAAGAAGGCGAAAUGGCAUUGGCAGAGUUCUAUCGAAAAUGGGAACAUGAAUAUUUAGUUUUGGACAAAUGGUUUCGUGUUCAAGCGCUUGUUCCUAGCAAAGAUACACUUUCUAGGGUUCAAAACCUUUUGGAACACAAAUCAUUCGAUAUCAAGAACCCCAAUAAUGUAUAUGCAUUAAUUGGUGGAUAUGCAUUACAGAAUCCAUAUGCUUUCCACUUGGCUGAUGGAAGUGGAUAUAAGUUUGUUGCUGAUCAAAUACGCAAACUGGACAAAAUCAAUCCUCAAGUAGCUGCUAGAAUUGCCACUUCUUUCACUAUCUGGCGAGAGUUGGAACCUAACUUGCGCUCCCAUGUGAAAGAACAACUGAAUCUUCUGUUUUCUAGAAACAAUUUGUCAAGAGAUGUUUCUGAAGUAGUGGGGAAGUUGAUUGAAUAAAGUAUAAAAAGGCGACCAUUUAGUGAUGCUAAUGCCUGAGUGUGGAC